UUGCUUGUUGCCUAAUUUCCUUCCUCUAAACUCUCUACUGUUUGCGAUUAGCAGUCGCCGCCAGCCAUGGCGUCUUUUCGACCCUAGAGGCGUUUCGAAUUCGGUUCAUCGUGCAGAUGUUUCGCGCGAAGGUGCUCGCCUUCGCGUUUCCCAGUCGAUAAUGCUGCCGCUGUCGACGCUCGCAGCCGUUUCUCGCGAAGCGCUCCUUCGGCCGUCAGCACUUCGUCGUAGAGAGCAGCAGAACGAGGCUCAUGGCGGCGGCGGCGGUUUUCGUGAUAGGGUUCGUCCUCGGGGCGGUGCUGCUGGUGCUGUGGAAAUACGUCAUGGACAAACGGCAGACGCUGCGCGAGAGAGAGAAGGCGGACAUCCACUUCCUCAACGCGCCUCAGCUGGCGGAUAUUCGGGCGAUCUGCCGUGAGGACACCCCCGGAUGGGUGCAUUUCCAGGAGUUCGAGCAUGUGCACUGGCUGAACGAUCAGCUCCAGGAGAUGUGGAAGUUCGUCGACAGGGCCACAUCGCACCUGGUGAAGGAGGUGGUGGAGCCAAUGCUUGACAGCUACAAGCCCUCGGGAGUGUCGUCGCUUGCCUUCAAGCGCUUCAAGCUCGGCAGCAAUGCCCCCAGAAUAGAAGGCGUGAAGGUGCAGCGGCUGGUGGCGCAGCAGGUGAUUGUGGACAUGGACGUGUGGGUGGGGGGGGGGUCGUCCAUCAUCCUCGCCAUCGCCAGCAUGGGCGUCAAGAUGCACGUGCAGCUCAAGGACCUGGAACUGCGGGCGAGGCUGCGCCUCAUCCUUCAGCUGGGCGAGCAGCUGCCAUGCAUCGAUGCCGUCGUCAUCUCCAUCAACAAGAAGCCGCGCCUGCGCAUCGACUACAAGCUGAAGGCCAUAGGAGGGCAGCUGUCGUCGAUCCCAGGGCUAGCGGGGAUGAUCGAGAGCACGGUGCAGGGCGCCAUCGAGAGCACUCUGCUGUGGCCCGAGCGCAUCGUCAUGCCCCUCGCUGACGCAUUCGAUGCCAGCUCUCUUGAAAUGUUAUAUGAAGGGUCGUUGGUGAUAACUGCGUGGAAGGCGGAGGGUUUAAAGAACGUGGACAUGAUGAGCAAGUCGGACCCGUUUGUCAUCCUGUGGACGCACUCCAAGCACAAGGCCGUCACCCGGACCAUCGACAACGACCUCAACCCUGUCUGGAACGAAUCUUUCGAGCUGCCCGUGGACGACAUCCACACAGCAGAGCUCUUCAUUCAGGUGGAGGACGAGGACAGCUUCGGGAGCGAGAACCUGGGGUACGCCAUGUACCCCUUAGUGGAGCUGCUCAAUAAGGACACAGUGCAGACGGUGACGCUGACGCUGCUGCCGAAACUCAACAACGACCGCAUGCUGGGCAUCGACCACAAGCUGGGGCACAUCACUCUGCAGAUGGUGUACCGCGACUACACCCCAGAGGAGAAGGUGCUCGUGACAGCAGCAGAGAAGGCCCGAGACCCCAAGGCCAGGGACUGCCCUCUCGCCCCGGAUGCAGCCCAGCGGGCCUUUGCCACCGCCCUCCUUUCUGCCCGCCAGCGCAAGCUCGCCCUCGCCUCCCAGGCCAAGCGCUCGGUCCGCUUCGUGCCUCAGGCCUCUUCUGGCGUGGGUGCCUGUGAGCGGGGUGUCGGUGGGAGGGCUGAAAGCCGCAGCAGCGAAGGAGGCGGUGCUGCUGCUGCUGCUUCUGGUGCUGAUGGUACUGCUGCUGCUGCUGCUUCUGCUACUGCUGCUGCUGCUGCUGCUGCUGACGAGAACGGGGAUGGGGACGUGGACAGUGAGGGUGCUGACAGUGGCAGCAGUGGUUACGGGACCCUGACUCCUAAAACGGGCAUUCCUGCUCGUGUAGUGGGGGCCGGCAGCACCUGGACCACCAGCAGCAGGGGGCUGCGUCGGCUGGUGAAGAGGAGCGAGGGCGAGGGCAGUGGGAAGUCUUUGUGGGGACCGCUCAUGGGGUGGGUGGGCAGCCAGAAGGAGAGAGCGGGCAGCGGAAAGGAAAAGGCAGGCAGGAAGAACGGCGGUGAGGGGGGGUGGGAUCUGGUGACUGAUAGUGUGGUGGGAUCCGUGAGUGGACGGAAUUUGAAGAGGAGUCUGCAGGUGUCUCGGACGUUGAGGAGAGAGGAGGGAGAGGGAGCGGAGGGAGGAGGAGAGGAGUGGGAGGAUGAAGGGGAUCGGGAAGAGGAGUCGGAGGAUGAGGGGUCUCCAUGUUUGGAAAACGGAGGUAGUGGAGAGGAGAGGGGAGAUGGAAGAGGGGGAGAAGAGGGAGACGAGGGAGAAGAGGGAGCAGGUCUGCAGCCGCACGAGGGAGAAGGCGUGCUGCGGCACGAGGGCUUGGAGGGGGCAGCCGUUGCAGACGGCAUGGCAACGGCUGCAGACGAGGGUCGGGCAGACGGCAGUGAAGAAUGCAGAGAACGGGGCAGUGAGGAGGAGGAAAGGGCUGAAGGCAACGAUGGGCAGCUGGGCCAAGGGGUAGCUUUGGAGUCGUCUCAAAUGCAAGGGGUAGCAGGGGUAGCAGGGGUAGUAGGGUUAGUUGUUCCAGCGAGGAAGCAACAGCUGAGGAGCUUCCUGCUGGGGGCGAUGAAGGAGAGGAGGGCGACAAGGGAUGGGCCCAGGAGUGCGGGGCGUAGCAUUGACUUGACUUCUAGUUUUGAGAGGUUUCGAAUCGAGAGGAACGGUCGCCCUAGGAGUGCACAGCCUAGCGUGGACUUCACAUCUAGCUUUGAGAAAUCUCGAAACGAGAGGAGGAAUCGGCCUAGGAGUGCACAGGCUAGCAUGGACUUUGCGUUUGCUGCUGACGCUGGUGGUGGUUGUGGCGAGGAGGGGGAUGAGGAGGAGCAGGGGCGGGAAAGCAGGGUAGAAAUUGGAGAAGGCGAGGAAACAGAGGGGCUGGAGAGGCCUGUAGCAGAGGGAGGUACAGAAGAGGGCAGGAUAGCUAUUCCGGUGAGAAAGAUAGAGCUUCGGAACCUGCUGCUAAGAGCGCUCAAGGAGAGGCGAGACGGGCCCAGCAGUGCACGGCUUGGCAGUGACUCUGCUGCCGGUGCUGCCGGUGCUGCGGGUGGUGGUAGUGGGAGAGGUGGGGAGGGCAGGGGGUUGUGGCGGCGGUGGGAUGCGCUGAUGGAGUCCGCACAGACUUCCAGAUCUGUGGCUAGUGGUAGCGCCGCUGCUGCUGCUGCUGUUGCUGCUGUUGAUGCCGCUGCCGCUUCCGGGGAUUCGAGCGUCGAUUCUCCUGCUGCUGCCAGGGCUGCUUCUUCUGGCGUGUCUUCGAUUGUGACAGCUGUGGAGAGUGCAGGUGCGGGUGUGGCAUCGACUGUGUCGGCUGUCGGGAGUGCAGUGGGGAGUGCAAGUGCAGGUGUGGCCUCAGCAGUGGGAAAUGCUAGUGCUGGGGUAGCGUCGACUGUGACGGCCGUUGGGAGCGCUGUGGGAAAGAGGUCUUUCAGUGGGGUCGCGAAGGCCGUGGACAGGGGGCGAGCUUUCGGUCAGGCUUUGACGAGCCUAGCGGAUAGAGGCCUACCUGGGAAGGGUUCAUCUGGGAAAGGGCUGGCUGGUAAGGGCCUUGGUGGUAAGGGAUUAGCUGCUAUGGGGCUUGCUGCUACAGGUCAGAUUGGUGGAGGGCAUGUGCGCAGUAAGACUUUAGAAGAUGUGAUCCGCUUUGAUGAGAAUGAGGCAGAGGAGCCGCGAGGUGAAAUAGGGGGGCAGGGAGACAAAGCGGCCUCUUGCAGAGAGAUUGAAGGAUGUGGAGAAGUGUGUGGAUGUGAAGGAGAUGGGCAGAGGGGGCUGAUCUCGGAGUGUGAUGUGAGGGCGAAGAGUUUCGCGGGGCUCAGGGAUGGGUUGAGUAAAGAGGAGGAGUGUGAGGGGUUGCGAGAGGGAGAGGGGGGCGAGGGGAGGAGUGUGGAGGCAGCAAGCAGCGAUGCGAGGAGUCAGAGGAGUCAGAGGAGCGUUGGUGUGGGUGGAGAAGCGGAGGAAAGAGAGAGGGAGUGCGAGGAAAUGAGAGGGCAUGCAUCCGCGGCCUGUGCUGAUGCGGAUGUUGGCAAUGGUGAGAGAAGGGUGGAGUGCUCCGGGGCAGGUGAAAGCAGGGAGGUCAGCAGGGGUGCUGAUUGUGCAGGGGCACGCGGGCUGGUAGAGGGUGAUGGAGAUUUGAGAGGGGAGGGAGAGGGGGGCGGGGAGGAGGUGGGGGAGAGGGUGAGGGAAAAGCGGGGAGAGCGGGGCGAAUGUAUUGGUGAGAGAAGUGUGGAGAGUGUGGCUGCGAGAUGUGAGGAGAAUGGGGUUGUGAGAAGUGAGGGAAGGGACGAGGACGAAGGUAACGGAUUGGGGAGGGGCGAAGGCAAUGGGGAGCACAAGGGAGAGGGAGAAGGAGGGGGUACUGGGGACGGUAGCAUUGAUGGCACGACUGGACGCCACACAGCAGCUGCAGAGAGGCUCGAAGAGGCAGAGCAGACUCGCAGUGAACAGAUGAGCAGAGAGCAGGCGAGCAGCGAGUGCAAGGAAGAAGGGAGCAGUGUGGGUGAGAAGGGUCAAGGGCAGGGCGGCAAGGCUAUGUGGAGAGGAGAGGAGAAUGGAGAGAAGACGGGAGGAGAAGCAGAGGAGAAGAGAAGGGCAGGAGACGAGGAAGAAGUGAGUAGGAGGGGAGAAGAGGAGGACAGGAGAAGGGUAGGUGAAGAGGAGGAAGGGAGAAGGGUAGGAGAUGAUCCCUUGGAGCGGGGUUGGCAGCAUGAAGAGGAAGCAGCAGAGGGCGCAGCAGCAGAGGAUGAUGAGGGAGCGGCUGGAAGUGCCCCCGCACUCCCCGCUCUGCCGUUGAACCCCGUGGGGGCGUGGGGGGGUGCGUGGCUGGAUGCAGCUGUACUGGGCGUGGGCCGUGCGGCGGGGAAGGUUGCAAAGCGCAGUAGUGGGGUGGGCUCUGGACGGCUGGCGGGGGAUGGGGAGAGGAGGGAGGGGGGCGGACAGGCAGCUCUCGAGUCGACUCAAAAGUCACCACAGAGGGGUGGGUCGAGGUCUAGACGGCUGGUGGGGGAUCUGGAGUGGAAGGAGGAGGGAGGGCAGGCGGGUGGAGAGGCUGCAGAAGCAGCGAGAGAAGAGCGGCGGAAAGAAGACCCGCUCCCUGCUGCUGCCACUGCUGUGUCUGCGGCGGCCUCUGUCCUUACCGCCCACAGCCCUAAAUCUGCAGCCGCAGUGGCAGCGGCAGCGACAAAUGGGGCAGCAGCAGGUGGAGGGAGGGAGCUAGUGAAGCAGCCGGCCGUUCCCAUCCCUGUGCGCACAGCUGCAGCUGAGGGGGCUUCUGAGUCGAUUCAAAAGUCACCCAAGCCCCCGGGCAUUCCCAUCCCCAACUCGAUCCCCGAGCGCACAGCUGCAGCUGUGGACCUCGUGGCCUCCGCCCGCACCCCCUCCUCUGGCUCCGGCCGGAUCCCCCUCUCCUCGCUCCCUUCCCCUCGCUUCAUUAGUAAAAUCUUGGGAGCCACUAGCCCCAGUCAAUCGAAGGACAAGGUGACCAAUCCAGCCAACGACCCCAGUCAGUUGGAUCGUCAGAACACGGAGCCCUUAAGCCGCCCUGCUCAGGCGAGGCGGCGCACCAAAUCGUUUGAAGAUCUGGAUGAUAUGGUUUGUGGAGACGACAUCAGGGACGAAUCCGGACCGUUGGAUGGAGUUGAUCUUCAUGUUUGGCCAAAAUCGAUCAGUCGACAACGGAGCGCUGAAAGAUCAGCUCCAGACGGGGCAUCCCGAGGAGGUUUAGGUUCCGGACGGCUAGGAUUAGGAGGGUUAGGCUAUUCAAUUUCUGAACGAAUAGGCAUGGGGGCGUCAAGUUUGGAGGGCUCAAGCCCAAGCCCUAAUAAUGAGGGCCUUGGGGGAAGGUCUUUGAGCAAAGGGAAGGGGAAGGUGUCAUGGGGGUUUGCCAAAGGUGUGGGGCGGGCGUUGAGGGGCAUGAAGGGCGGCGCCAAAUGUGCUUAUUCCCCGGAGGAACUGAGGGAUCGGUUGGAGGACAGGAGAGCGGAGAUGGAGGAGAGUGGGGAGAUGGAGGGGUAACGCAUGGGGGCAAGGAAGGAUACAUGAUUUGUAGGUAAUUUUGUAGGUGUAGGCAAAAUUAUAUGUAUGU